AUGUUGUUCUACAGACAAGUCAUGAUGCCACAUAGUCGACAGUCACUCGACGUCACUCCGUCGACACCUAGCGGAAGCAAAUGUUUGCCCUCAUCGGCACUUGUUUGUACUUUGCUGCCUGUCUCGAGCACAAACACCAGACAUCAAAAACGCCCACGGCUGCCAGCCUCGACGCAUCCCAGGUAUAUCAUCGACCGAUCACGAUACGGGAUCACCAUAGGACCGACAUCUCCAGAAUUUCUGGGCGGGGGCGAUGACCUCGACGACAUCGAAGAGGCUGAAGGCCUGGUGUGGGAUCUCGCUCUCGCCCCCGAAAGCGACCAAGAUGAGGAAGGGCGUGGCGAAGGCGACAAUCGCGAGGCUCGGGAGCCAACCCGGAUAGGCCUCUCACAUCAAAAGACUGGCGAGACAAGAAGGAAUAGCGAGGCGAGGAGCAGCACAGGCCGCACCAAGUCUGCCCUAGAAGCACCUCAACGCCUGCCGCUCAGUGUGAGAACUUCUACAAACGCCCUUCCUCCAAAACCCAAGCAUAUGUUGGCCGCUAGAAAGACGAUCUUGCCCCAAAAGACACCUCUCACCCGCCCUCUUCGCUCAGCUCGAAAGGUAGCAGUUGCUACAGAUCUUUUCGACGGCGACGAGACCGACCACGCUGAGGAUUCCGAUCCAGAUGACCUGCGUCUAUCUCCACCUCGCCCUCAAUCUCCCAUCGCCAAGCAACGGCCCCUAUCUUCUCCCGAAAGUGCGGGCCCGUCAAAAGUGCCGCGCACAUACACAGUCGACUUUGAGCAUCGCAAAAGGAUGGCAGACACUGCCCUUGGUCCCAGGACGACGAAACGUCAAAGACGAAGUGACGGGCAGUAUCGACGAUCUCCUCAGGCGCCUACAACACUCGUCUCUAGCGGGGAUACAACUGCUACGAGACAGAAGAAGAGGAAAGCCGCCAGGAAGCAGGUGGCUGCGAUCACAGUCAUUGAUCUGACGUGGGAUACGGACUCUGAUGAGGAAGAAGGGCACGAGAUGGGCAGCAGUCCGGAGAUGAGCGAUGGUGAAGAGGAAACCAGCUUUCCACGACAGCGUUCAAAAACGAGUAGGGAAAGAGAGGAUGCUAUUCUAUCUCAGACAAAUCACCGACCGCUCGAGACUAUCAGAGCUAUACCGGCAAGAAUGAUAGCCCAAAAUAUAGACGCGUCCGAAUCAGGUUCUCCAAUGAAUCUAACAGAUGAUACUCGAGAUGGAUCGGACGCCGAGGUCCCUGUCGGCGACGAUAAUGUCAACGAGAAGGUACAGGAAGAUCCACUCCACGACAUGAUAGCACCAGAACUUUUUAUCUCCGAAGCACCUCAGCCAGCGUCCCCAACCCCCGCUCUCAGGCCACCCCUUCUGGACGUCCCUUCCUGGGAGCUUCCGACUAUUGAAGGAGUUGCCCAAGACCUAUCUUCUUCCCAAUUCCAUCUCAGAAGAUUCUCCUCUAUAUUCUCCCGCAGAAUCGCCCGACGCUCCCCUUCUUCGACUUCUGAAUAUCUACCCUCCUACAACUGCCGACCAUUUCUUCGUAAAAACAUGCGUAUACGCCUGCAAGGUACCAGUGCCUUUCUUGAUCCGGAUGAUGCCGAAUCCAUCGAGUACAUCGCUCGGCUCAACCAGUAUAGGAAACUCGAGGGCACGAGAAGAAAAGAGGAUAAUGCUUUGGGUAUCGAUAUGAAGGAGAGGUUCAGAGUCGUGGACGAAGACUUGGUCGCGCGCGGGGCAGAUUUCAAUCUAUUGAAGCAAGGUGUCGUUCUAAAUAUGACCUUUGAGGGUGUGUUCCCUGUCGGGCGCGCUCCAUCGAAAUGCCCAUACCAGGCUCAAAUUAUCGUGAGGCUUGAGGAGACAGUUCUCCAUGCCGUCACUGUUCCUAUUGUGCAAUACAAGAUACACCCUCAGACGACCCUGUCAAUACCACUGUCGGAGACCUUCAUCAAGAACCGCCAGCCCGACUACAGAACGUCGAUGAAACUCCAGAUAUUGCUGUUCUCUAUCGGAAGGGUGCAAGAGCUGUACACGUCAUCCGACAUCGAUAUAGUAGCUUCGGAUGGGCAUCUGGCCCAAUUUGGGCCCAGUAUCAAUCUGAGACCUACUUCUCUGGGUGAUCAAGCUCCACCCAUUCUCUUGUGUCUCAAGACCGACUACAACUUCUUACCUUCUCCCAGGUUCUACCCAGUCUCCGUCUCGUUGUCAAAAUCUUCUAAAGAUGUCGAGGUGACAUAUAUCGUGAAAAAGUCCAAUGCGGGACAGUCGAGUGUCGUUGUCGUCAGUGGCUUUACCUGCCCACUGUGCUCAGACCUGGACGGCGCGGGACACACAGGUAGUAGACAGGCUCUGUUCUUGCAUCUGUCAGGUCAUCGAAAGGAGGCAAAAUUGGAUGAGAAGAGGUCGACGGAGAAAAUCACUAGAAGUGGCCGCUUGUUGAAGUUGACUGUCUUUUUGAAGUCCCGCGCAAAGACCUCGCUCGUCUUCGCCAACAAAUACAUCAAAUUCCAUCAUCUCCUUCCAACACUCGCUGGUUUCUCCCACCCCUCCGUGACGUCUAGUCCUACUGAGGCCGACGGGCCGAUGCUUUCAUCACCCAGACAACAUCUCACCCUUACAAAGAUUUCUUCAGCGACGCAUCCGCCUCCUGAUAAAUUAUUAGAGAAGCCAUCUUUGACAUCGGAAGGGGGCACCGUCGAAGGCGCAUUGCUAGCGCCGGCUCCCGACGACGAUGGCAGAUCAUCUGCAGUGAACGAAAUGUCAGGAGGGGUGGAAGGGAAUGAUGUUGAGGAUACACCGCAAAAGCCAGCCCCGCACGCUGAGGGAGGAUCGCCUGCGGUGGACGAGCUUUCCCAAACGGAGGCUAUGGACGUCGAGGAGAGUGCUCCAGUGGCACAGGCGACUAGUUCCAAGUCAGGCGAGAUGGAAGGGAAUGAUGUCGAAGACAUACCGCAAGAGCCAGCUCCGCACGCUGAUGGAGCGUCGGGCGAGCUUUCCCGGAUGGAGGCUAUGGACGUCGAGGAAAGUGUUCCAGUGGUACAGGCGAUGGGCGCCAAGACAGGAGAAAUAAAGAGAAACAAUGACGAAGACCCAUCGCAAGGGCCAGCGUCUCACGCUGAUGGAGGACCAUCUGUGGUGGGCGAACUUCCCCGAGUGGAGGUUAUGGGCGUCGAGGAUAUUACUCCAGUGGCACAGGCUACGAGACCAAAAGACCUAGCGGAGAACAUGCCUAUCGUUCCCACAGGAGUCUACGCAGACAUCAAGGAAAUAACUGUCUCCGCCAGCAGCCCGCCGCGUAUACAACCAGAGAUAUCUGCUGUAGUGGGCUCAAGUGAUCUUGAGGCAGACAAAGAUCAAAAUCUGGUGGAUAGCGGAGUUUCAAACAUCCAGUCAUCACCUCCAAUUCAGGCAAAAGAUGACAAGCCUGCUGCGCCCGUGGCGCCAUCAUGCAGCAGCGUUGCUGGGAAAGAGCCCGAUACUCAAGUGUCCCGAGGGUCAACCACUACACCAACAUCACUUUCACAUCAUCCUCAACGCCUCUCACAGGGUGUCCGUUCCCCUUCUUUGGAACAUCCCAUUCCAGUGCUUCAGUCGAACGCCGAUAUUUCCGCGGGCGCGUCGAAUGUAGAGGAGGGCUCAGAGGGGAUAGUACCAGAAGGUCACUCUAGCGUUCUCGCCAAGGCGAGUGAACCUUUCCAACGAGCUGAAGUCGUUCCAGAUCUAUCAGAACCAGAGCAGGAAAACGACGAAACCGAAGGCUCGAGCACGAAAGUUGUGGAGGCAGUGUCACAAGAACAGACUUCCAUAACGAGCCCGCUCGCCAGGACGGAGCCUCAGCAUACUGCUAUAGUAUCCAAUUCUGCGGAUACGGAUACAGAGGACGCGCCCGUGUUUGUACCGGUCAUCAAGGCUCCGCGAAAAACUCAGCUUCCGAGCAGAGAAAUUGAGAGUGUCAAGAGGCCCAUGGUCCGUCUGACUUUGCCAGCUCAAAAGUCGAAUCUAUCAGAGCUCAUGCCAGAGCAAUCGUCUGCUUCCGAUUCGCGUUCGUCAUCCAUCGUAGCGAUUGAGCAGGAAGAUAUCGCCAUGGACACGGAAGUGGAUACGGCUGCUUCCGAUACAGUGGAUGACGCUGCAACACCUGUUCCGGAGACACCAACAACCCACCCUGCUCAACCUAAACUGAGAGGAAUGUCGCGCACACCGCAAGCGUCCACAUCGUUGUCACAAUCAUCAACGCCACCAGCAGAAGACGUUUCAAAGGUGGCAGCUAUUAUGCAAGGAUCCGUGCUGGGGGAGAACGAGAAAUCCAACGAUCCAAAUACCACCCCAGUCGAGGCUGUAUCACCUUCUCGCGUUCCAGACAAUGGCAUGCAGCAGGAGGCCAAGUCCGACUCCGAUCCUCAGAAUCAGCUGCGCCCGGGUCUUCGCGACCUUGCAGUGCUUCGAUACACUCCUCGCUUCACCGAGUCCGGCUUCGCAGGUCCUUACAUGGGCCAGAGAGUCAACGAAUGGACCGAGUGGAGCCAUGCUGUCGUACCCGGCACAUUGUUUGACUUUAUGCAUGAGCUGGAUAAGCUGUGGGAUUGCGGAGGGAUUCGGCAUGUGGUGAAGCAUCAAGAAGCAUCCAUUUGGACCAGAAACCAUUUGUCGGAGAAGAGGCGAUUUCUGGCUUGCUGUUGGAAUAGGUGGACGUAUGAAAAAGGGCCUAUACCCGGAAUCAACAAGGCAGGUCAUCUGAAAUUGUUUCUUGACAAGUACGGGACGAUAAUGACGCGCGCCGGGAUCGAUUUUGAACUCAAGGACUAUCUGCAUAUCCACUUUCAAAUGAAACACAUCUCUCUCGCAGACUAUGUCGGGGCAUGUCAGUAUUAUAAAGGUAUCCGAGGAUCCGUUUAG